AUGACAAUCACUCCUAUAACCACAUUGGAAGAGUUGUGGAAUUGGGAAAAACGAGAAGAUGUUGGAAAUGAGUACAUUGAACCGCUUGCACAUUACAAAUCGCAUUCUGGGCCACAAAUUCUUGUAUGUCAUGAUAUGAAAGGAGGAUAUUUAGAAGAAGAGACAGUAGAAGGAAAACAAUUUGAAAACGAAAAAUAUCCUUAUAUGUUUCUGAAUUGGUGGGAAAUUGACAUUUUCAAUUAUUUCUCUCAUAACUUCGUCACGAUUCCACCGGAAGGUUAUACGAAGAUCGCUCAUAAACAUGGUGUUCUUUCCCUCGGAACAUUCAUUACCGAAUGGAUUCCUGGAAAAGAAAUCUGCUCCAAAAUACUCCAGAGUGAGGAAGCAAUGGAAAGAACUGUGGCUAGUUUGGUGGCUGUUUCCAAUCAUUUCGGGUUCGAUGGAUGGCUGAUUAAUAUUGAAAAUGAAAUUGACGAGAAUAAAGUUGAUUUGCUGGUUCGAUUCUGUGCGAGUUUGACUCGAAAAUCGAAACAAAUUAAUUCAAACUCAAAGAUUAUUUGGUACGAUUCUGUGCUUCACAGUGGAAAAUUGAAAUGGCAGAAUGCCUUGAACUCGGAGAAUAAUAAAUUCUAUGAAGCAUGUGAUGCAAUCUACUUAAACUACAAUUGGAAAGAUGGAGACCUUCUCAGAUCUGCAGAAUUCGGGUUACUCGAACGAAUUUUUGUUGGAAUUGAUGUGUGGGCUCGUGGAUGUGUUGGAGAAUUCAAGUGUGAUCAGUCAUUUGCACUUGCUAAACUGUUUCAUAUGUCUGUCGCUCUUUUCGGACCAGGAUGGAUUUACGAAAAAUUUUCUAAAGAGAAUCAGAUUUAUAAGGGAAUUCAAUUCUGGUCAAAAUUAUAUCCUCACGUGAAGACUCGACCCCUGACUUCUGGAAAUCUUUCAACAAAUUUUGACACUGGAAUGGACGGAAGUUGGCAUUAUCGUUUGAGCAAUGUUAAACUCCAACCCCAAAACCUUACCACUUCUUGUCAUCAAGUCAUAGGAAAAGGACUUACCCUUUUCGGUCGACACAGGAAAUUUUUAAUAUUCUCAUUCGACAAUAUCACUUUUGAAUCAAUGAAGAUUGUGUGCGAAAGCGAUAAACCAAUCGAAAUGAUUUUGAAUCGAACUGAACUAAUUUCAAAAAUGAAUGAGCACGAGUGGAUCUACAAGUCGUCUGGGAUUCUGGAGUCUAUAAGCAUUCAAACAACAAGUCAUGAUGAGACUGUGAUCAGAAUCUUCUCUGUCAUUUCUCAUUAA